UACUCUAAAUGUAGAAUUCAUUAUACAUAUCUACAUAUCUACCAUGUUUUUUCCUUGCAGGUGUAUAAUGAGUACACUUAUUUGAGAAUAAUUUUCUUGUAAGGAGCAACCAGGCAACAAAUAGAUUAAGCUUUUAUAUUUAGCUUUUAAUUUAUUGUAAAAAUAAAAGCAAAUAAAAAAAAUGGCAUCCGUCAUAAUUGAAAAUGCGUCACAAAUUAUAAAUUCUUCGACGACUAAAUCCAUUACAUCUUACAAUUUAUCUAAAUUACCGUUUAACUCGUCUGAUGUUAGAAGUUUUUUGGCAGGAGAUCAAGAAAGUAUUUAUAAUGAGUCUAAAGGAAUAGACGCAUUUAAAGAAAAUUUUGAUGAUGAAAUUUUUGGAUCACCUUUAGAAUUUCACAGUGGUGAAAAUGGUUUAUGGAAUGGUCUUUUUGUGCCACCACCGCCAAGACCACCUUUUUUGGAGGAUAUACUAACAGAAGGUGUUUCUGCUUGUAAUUUAUGUAGCUGGGCCUUACCAACAAAAAAGACAUUCAUAUUUGAUGGAGCAACAGAAAAAAUUUUUGAAAUUGGAUGGCCAUUAACAUUAUUUGUAGUUUCAAUAUUAUCUGCAGUUUUAGGAGCAGUUAUUAUGGUGGCAAUAGUAAAAUGUCGAAGAAAGAAACCAUCAAGUGAAAAUGUGGUAAAUUUUAGAAAUGCAAAUUCACUGGUGGUUAAAAUAUAAGCGACUUAAUAUGAUCAGCUACAAAAUGUAGUAGCCGUUGAUUGAAAUCAGGAUCCUAUGCAAAUAUAAAUGCAAAACAAUUAGCAGAUUAGCAAAAUUCACAAGUGGUGGGCAAAGAAUUUGCCAGAACUGUUUAGCUAACUGAUGAAUUCAUGCUAAUAAAUCAAUUGUAAAAGCGCACUUACCAGGAAGUACUUAUAAAUUUGCAAAAAACUAUUUACAACUGGUGAAAACGAUACCUUCAGUUCCACUUGAUAUACAAAGGCAGUAUGAUACUAUGAUAAUUCAUAACUCAUAGGUUAUAAUCAUUAGUUUGAAUUUGCCUAUCAUCCUCCAAAAGCGUAACAUUCCAAGAAAAUAACAUUUCUAACUAGACAGGCUUUUUAUGUAUGCACAUACCAUAUGUAUUUACAUGUGUACGUACAAAGGAGUAACCUGCACAUACAUAUCAGAUUUAUUCUGUGACAUGAUUUUAUAUUUUUAUAUGGAAUUAUACAUAUCUAUAAAAUUCAA